UAUACGUCACAAACCCGUAAUAUUAUUCAGCGUAAUCCGUAGGAAUAAAAUGUCGAUAAAUUUUUUAUUUAUUUUGUCCUUCCUUCUCAUCGAAUCCUCACAAUCUCUAGACGAAGACUACUUUAAGGUCCCUGUGAAACCCGAGCACUACAAUAUAACAAUUCUUGUUCUUUUUAAUGAAUCAACAUUUGAAGGAUUUGUUGAUAUAUUGACAGAAUGCAAGGAAGAGACGAACAGUAUAAAAUUACAUGCCCAAGAAAUGGUUAUCGAUAAGGAUAAAAUCACAGUGAAAGAAGUGGAAGCAUCCAUACCAGUACCGUUGUCGGGUGUCGAAAUAGAUGAAAAAAAUCAGACGGUUGUGAUGAGCUUAGGAGAAAAUUUGAAGAAAGAUGUAAAAUAUGUGAUUCACAUCGAGUAUAAAGCUAAUCUAACACAGUCACCAUAUGGAUUCUAUAAAAAUUGGUAUAUGAAUGCAGAUCACACAUACGGCACCCUUGCGAACACACAUUUUGAACCGACCUGGGCUCGAAAGGCGUUCCCAUGUUUUGAUUUGCCGCACAUGAAAGCCACAUUCCAGUUAACCAUGGGACACGAUGAAAAGCUUUUCGCCCUGAAUAAUAUGCCACUACUGAGCUCCGAGCCUGUAGAAGGAAGAGAAGGAUACGUUUGGGAACACUUUGAUAAGACUUUAACCAUGUCUACUUACCUGGUGGCAUUCGCAAUCCUAGACCACGGUAUGAAAAAUAUAACUUCAGGCAAGAUCACGUUUUGGUAUCCACCUCUAUCGAAUAUUCCUCAUGAGUACGCAUUGAAGAAGUCAGUGGAAAUGUUGAGCUAUCUCGAGGACUACUUCGAGAUGAAGUACGAACUUCCCAAGCUUGACUUCCUGGUGGUGAAUUCCUAUCCAACCUUCGCAGGUGCUUGUGAGAAUUGGGGACUUAUCAUUGCCGAAGAGAAAGCCGUACAGGAAGAUCAAGUAUUGCAAAUUGUUGCUCACGAGUUGGUUCAUAUGUGGAUAGGAAAUGUAAUAACUAUGAAAUGCUUUUCAGAGGUGUGGCUCAAAGAGGGAAUAACAAAUUAUCACGAUAGUAUUCUGACAGAUAAAUUCGAAGAAACCACAAGUAGGGAUUCAGAUAUUGCAGAUGAGUUCACGCGUAUCAUGGGUCAAACGGAUAUUGGACCACUGAGCCUCGAACAUUGCCCAACCGAUGAAAGCACAAUUUUGAAAGCUUAUGGAAAGGAUACUUAUUUCAAGGGAAGUUUAUUCACUAGAAUGAUACAAAUGACACUUGGCUUGACGAAUAUGAAAAAGCCAAUACAGCUUCUUCUGAACAAAUUCAAAUUUCAAAACUUCGAUGAAGAUGACUUAUGGGAGGUUCUGAAAGAAACAACACCUCCUGAAAAUUUUCCAAAUCACCUAAGUUUCCAUGAAGUCUUCAGAUCAUGGACCAAGCAAAAAGGAUACCCCAUAGUUGAGGUAACCAGAGAUUACACUAGCGGAACCGCAACAUUGCAACAAAGAAUAUUUCACUCUGAAGAACCAGAUAAAGAUGCGGGAAUCUGCUGGUGGAUACCUAUAACUUACAAAACAAAAUGUGAGAAAAACUCAAAGAAUACAGUAGCGGAAAUAUGGAUGACUUGUCCCAAGCAACCUCUCGUUAUAAAGGAAUUGAAGUCUUCGGAAUGGAUAUUAGUCAACCUUCAAACCAUGGGCAUGUUUAUAGUUAAAUAUGAUGACGCCAACUGGAACCUUAUAACUAAAACUCUGAGUGAUAAGUCGCGCCUCGAAGACAUUCCAUCUUUGGAUAGAUUCAAGCUCAUCCUGGACGCAAAUCAGCUCACACAGUUCGGACUCCUUUCCCAUGAAUCAUUGCUGACAACUCUUCUAUACCUGCAACACGAAACAAACGCACUGGUUUGGUCCAUUGCUCUAGAAUAUUUCAAUCAUCUGGAUUGGUUAUCGAAGGACAUAACUGUAUUGAAGGAUGAUUAUAUGAAAACUUUGGUUCAGACCCAUUUUUCUGAAGAAAUGUUCCAGUUGGGGGGUUUAUCCGAGAAAGAACAGGAUUUCAGGGAACAUAUUGUAAAAACAGCUUGUAAUUCUGGUAUUGUAAAAUGUAUCGACGAGGCUCUUAGACUUUUCAACGAGUUCGUAAAUUCUUCCCAGACAAUAACGCUGAAGGAUAGACCUACUCGGAGGCUGGUUUUUUGUCUCGCCAAUAGACAUGGCCCAGAAGAGAAUAGUAUGAUUCUCAUGGAUUUAUAUGACAAAUAUUCAGGAGGGGAUGUAGGAAAUGACGCAUUGUGGUCCUUGCAUUGUAGAGAACAAAAACCUGAUACAGCAGCAAGAAGAAUGUUUUCCAAGAAUUCCAGGAAAAUAAUAGAAUUAUUCACUACCAGAAAGAUGAAGAUCAAUCAAGUAUCAAGCAUAAUCCAGGAUAUCGAACCCGUUCUGCGAGAAAUUGACGGACCCAAGAUCUUCGUUGAUGGAAUCCUCGAAAUGUCCGAUCGAAUUCAUGAAAAGGAAAUGCUCAACCACUUGGAGAGUCUAUUUGAAAAUAAGAUGUUUCUAAUUGACAAAUGGAAGACAAAUCGGAUCUUGAAGAGGAUCAGAAGCAAUAUCGAGUGGAAGAAAAAGUAUUCGGAGGAGAUAAAAUUGGCAUUGUUGAAAAUUACAGGGAGAAAAAAUCAGAGUGAGGAAAGUUCCACCAAGCUUAUCCCCGCUAGGAGCUCCAAACCAGUUGAAACACGAAGAAUGUCUUCAAGAUCUUCUAAAUUAUUUGGCAGGAAUUGUUAUUGGUCUGCAUUGUGCUUAGUUUUCUUCACUUUAUUCGAAUGUGCAGAAGAGAAUUGGGGACUUAUCAUUGCUGAAGAAACAGCAGUACAUAGUAAAAAGGCGGUCUUGGGUACUAUCGCUCACGAGCUGGUACAUAUGUGGAUUGGAAAUUUAAUGACAAUGAAAUGUUUCGGAGAACUUUGGCUAAAAGAAGGACUAACGACGUACUACACAAAUAUCUUGAAAGACGAAUUUUAUGAAGAGCAAAUUGGGGAUUCCGUUAUCGCAGAUGAUUUCAUCACCCUCAUGGCUCAGUUCUCUACUACAGCACUGAGCCUAGAAUAUUGUCCGGAUGAUAAGGAUGUGCUUAUGGAUAUGUAUGGCCAGAAUACCUAUCAUAGGGGUGCUUUGUUUACAAGAAUGUUUCAAAAGUUUCUGGGCAUAAACGAUCUCAAGAAAACGAUGCAGGUACUUCUGAAGAAAUUCACGUAUAAGAACUACGAUGAAGACGAUCUAGGGGCGGCACUCAAAGAAACAUCGAAAUCAGAAAAUUUCCCGGAACAAGCUGACAUACAUGAGGUCUUCAGCUCGUGGACCAAGCAAGUCGGAUACCCUCUGGUUGAAGUUAACAGAAAUUACGAUACCGGAUCAGCAAAACUGCAGCAAAGGAGAUUUUACUCCAGAGACGAGGACAGCUGCUGGUGGAUACCUGUAUCUUACACUACGAAAUCUGAGAAAAAUCACGACCAUACAGCCGCCAAAACUUGGUUGAAAUGUCCAAAAGAACCGCUUGUUAUAUCUGACUUAAAGCCAUCAGAAUGGAUCCUAAUCAACCUUCAGUCAGCUGGUAUGUUCAUAGUUAAAUAUGACGAUACCAACUGGAACCUCAUAACGGAUACUCUAACAAAUGAUGAGAUCUUUGAAGUCAUACCAUUUUGGGAUCGAUUCAAGCUUGUACUCGAUGCAUCUUAUCUUUCACAUUUCGGACUUCUUUCACAUGAAUCAGUGUUGACAACUCUUCUGUUCUUGAAACAUGAAACCAACGCAGAGGUGUGGAGGGCUGCUCUGACAUACCUCUCCAAGCUGAAUUGGUUAUCAAACGACAUAAUUGAAUUGAAGAAUGAAUAUAUGAGAAUAUUGGUUCAACGCCAUUUUUCCACAAAAAUUUUCGAUUUCGAGUGCUUAUCAAAAAAAGAACAGAAUUUCAACGAACUAAUUAUAAAAACAGCCUGUGAAUCCGGUGUUCAAGUGUGUACAGAGGAGGUUUUUAGACUUUUCGAUGAAUUCAAAACUUCUUUCCCGAACGUAACACUGCAUGAAGAUCUUCGAGCACUGGUUUUCUGCCUUGCAGUAAAAUAUGGUCCGGAAGAAAACACGAAGUUUAUCUUGAAUUUGUUGAAGUCAGUGGACUUGGGAAUGGAUUUAUUGCCUGACCUCCAAGCCAGUUUUUUGUGUCUUAAAAACGAACCUAGAAUUGGAAAAUCUACUGGUAGUAUCUUCCGAAAUGAUACAAAUCAAAUAUUCGAGCUUUUAAAAGCCGAAAGCUUGGCGAUAGAUCCAGUAGAUAGCAUAAUCCAGGAACUCGAAAACAUUCUGCAAGAUCGUUAUGCAACUGCAGUUUUCGUAGAUUCAAUUCUCCUACUAUCCAGUCAGAUUCAUGAGCCUAAAAUACUGAACCGUUUGAAAGGUCUGUUCGAAGAGGAGAAGUUUCGAGUUUUCAAACAGAAAACGGAUAUGAUCGUGGAGAGAAUCAAUAGUAAUGUGGAAUGGAAGACGAAUUAUUCCGAAGAGAUCAAAAUGGCGUUAUUGAAAAUUUUACGGAGCAAAAAUCACACCGAAGAAACAACCACAACUCGUGUUCCAGGACAAACUGAUAAGCCUGUGAGAAAACCUCCUUCUUCCUGUGAAUUAUUCGAUGCGAACUAUUAUUUCACUGCACUGUGCUUUGUAAUCGUGAUUUUUUUCGAUGAUACGAUUAUGACAAAAUUCUGCAAUAUUUGUAUAGGUGCUUGUGAGAAUUGGGGACUAAUCAUUGCUGAAAAAGGUUCUAUGGGAAAAAAAAGGAUAUUGUAUAUUAUUGCCCAUGAAUUGGUUCAUAUGUGGAUUGGAAAUUUGAUAACUAUGAAAUGCUUUGCAGAACUUUGGCUGAAAGAAGGAAUAAAUAACUAUUUCACGAGUAUGUUGAGAGAAAAAUAUGGUUCUGAAAGGAGAGAUUCAAUUAUAGCAGAAGAGAUCGAGAACACCAUCGAUCAAAAGUUCUCUUACCCGAUAAGCUUGGAUUAUUGUCCGACAAAUAUUUUCCAUACUAUGCAAAUGUAUACUGAUGGAACCUAUGAAAAAGGAAAUUUAUUAACUAGAAUGAUACAAAUGUCCCUGGGUAUGAGAGAUUUUAAGAAAACGAUCAAGUAUCUUCUGAACAAAUUCAAGUAUCAAAACUUCGAUGAAGAAGAUCUAUGGGUAGCACUAAAAGAAACAACACCACCGGAAGAUUUUCCGAAAGAUCUAGAUAUCAGUACAGUAUUCAGCUCGUGGACCAAGCAAAAAAGAUACCCCAUAGUUGAGGUAACCAGAGAUUACAUUAAGGGAACCGCAACACUUGAACAAAGAACAUUUUCUCACAACAAAAUAGAAGAGAAGGAUGAGGGUUGCUGGUGGAUACCUAUAUCUUACACAACAAAUUGUGAAAAAAAAUUCAAGAAUACAGUCCCGAAAAUAUGGAUGAAGUGUCCCAGGGAACCUCUUGUUAUCGAUCAAUUGAGGUCUUCGGAUUGGAUUUUGAUCAACCUUCAGUCAACGAGUAUGUUCAUAGUUAAAUAUGACGAAACCAACUGGGAACUCAUAACUGAAACUUUGAAUGAUGAGUCGCUUUUCGAAAUGUUACCCUUCUGGGACCGCUACAAGCUCAUCCUUGAUGCAGGGCAUCUAGCGUACAAUGGUCUCCUCUCACACAGCUCAAUGUUGACAACUCUUUUAUAUUUGAAACACGAAACCAACCCAGAGGUGUGGAAAGCUGCAGUGGCGUAUUUGGAGAAACUAGACUGGUUAUCAUGGUCCAUAGUUGGAUUGAAGGAAGAAUACACUAGAAUAUUGUUGCAACCCUAUUUUUCCGAAGAACUUUUCGAGUUCGAAGGUUUAUCUAGGAAAAAACAACAUUUCAGGGAAAUAAUCAUAAGGUUGGCCUGUGAUUCCGGUAUUCUAGGCUGUAUGGAUGUGGUACUCGAACUUUUCAAAGAAUUCAAAGAUUCUUUCCCGAACCUUACGCUGAAUGAAGAUAUACGAGCAUUGGUUUUCUGCCUGGCCGUUAAAAACGGUCCAGAAGAGAACGGUCAAUAUCUUUCAAGCCUACUGGAUCAAGAUGUGAGCAAAGACUUAAUUGAGGACCUAAGGGUCGGUUUGCUGUGUAAACCCUCAACAAAAACCGAAUUCCCGAAAUCUGUUAGAAGAAUAUUCCGAAAUGAUACACGAGAACUACUCGAUUUAUUGAAAACCAAAAUGAUGCUGAUCGAUUCAAUACCGAGCGUUAUCCGGGACAUCGAGCCUGUUCUCGAAGAGCCCGAUGGAUCAGGGGUUUUCGUACAACAAAUUCUCGAAAUAUCCGAUCAACUGCAUGAAACGCAAAGUCUAGAUCACUUGAAGCAAGUAUUUCAGAAUGAGAUGUUCCAAGAUCACAAAGAGAAGACGAAUCUGAUCUUGGAGAGGAUCGCAAGUAAUAUAGAAUGGAAGAAGAAGUAUUCGCAGGAGAUAAAAUUGGCACUGUUUAAAAUAUUACCGAAAAAAGCGGAUAUCAGAGAAAUUUCCACAACUCGCUUGCCCGUGAGAAUUUCAACACCGUCGAGGAAACGAACACAUUCUAAAAGUUGUAAAUUAUUCGAUAAGAAUUAUUAUUAUUUUGGAUCGUUGUAUUUCGUACUAGUUAUUUUAUUCGAAUGA